AUGGCAGUUGAUACUUCAGACUCGAAGUCUGUGGACGUGGCCUCGGCCCCUGUCAGUGAAGACAUCCACACUCUAUCGGAAGAACCUAGCGAUGACUCCGAUGGAAAAAGGCCACCACCGCUUGCAGCAAAGUUAUGUGCGGUCGCGCUGAUAUCGUGCAUUAGCUUUGGCUCACACUGGAGUUCUGGCGUGACGGGUGCUAUGAAGAGCACGAUUAAAAAGCAAAUGCAUAUAGACAAUGUUCAAUUCUCGCUUUUGGAAGCCAGCGAGAAUUUCAUGGCAACGGUUCUGCUUUUGAUAAGUGGUGUGAUCACCGACCGAGUCGGUGGAGCUGAGAUGAUUGUUUAUGGAAAUAUCGUCUAUACUAUCGGUUCUAUCCUCGUCGCUGCCGCCGCGACCGUGCGCUCUUUCGACUUCAUGAUCGGAGGUCGGGUCAUUCUCGCAUUCGGCGACAUCGCCACACAAGUCGCUCAGUAUAAGAUGUUUUCCUCUUGGUUUCCUCCUAGCAGUGGAUUUGCAUCCACGUUAGGAUUUGAGCUCGCCAUUGGCAAGAUUGGAGGAUUUAUCGGCAAGUCAACGGCCAAUAUCAUUGCAAAGAAAACUGGGAACUUUGCGUGGGUUUUUUGGACCUCGGUGUUCAUGAAUCUGUUCACGAAUGCGGCCAGCGCAGCGUUCUGGUUCUUCAACCAGUAUUGUAAUCGCCACUACAAGGGACGACGCGAUGAAGCCACCAAAGAACAACUGACAGAGAAAAACAAAAAGUUCGAAUUUCAAAAGAUAUUCGAGCUCCCGUGGAUGUUCUGGGCUGUCAUGGCUUUCUCUGUCUUCCAAACGAGCGCAGCGACGGUCUUCAGCCAAAAUGCCACUGAGUUGGCCGAGAAGCGAUUCAAUGUCGAUUCUAUCAAGGCCGGGUGGUAUAGUUCUCUUUCGCAAUACGCAGGCUUCUUCCUUGUUCCCUUCUUGGGCGUGUUCAUUGAUGUCCUCGGCAACCGAGCAUCUGUCAUGUUUGUCUGCGGUCUCGGCAUGCUGUUGAGCAUGGUUCUCGUUAAUUUUGCAACAUCACAGGCAGGAACAGGUGCUGCAUUCGGCAUCUACGCCAUUGCCCUGUCCUUGGGACCAACCUCGGUCAUCGACAGCAUUCGCACCACGCUGUGGCACCAAUCGGUCUUUGGAUCUGCCUAUUCAUUGAAGGUCACCAUGAAUAAUGCUAUGAGCAUUAUAAUUCGGAUCAUCACCGGAGCUUUGCAGGACGCGGAUGACAAUUCAUACCGCCGAGUGGUGCAGGUCUAUCUAGUUCUUGCUGCCGGUGCUCUGGUUGUCGGUGCGGCUAUCCUGAUCGGCUCGUUUAUGACUGAUAACCUAGCGCCGCUACAGUGGACUCGGCAUAAGCGGUUGACAUCGGGUGCGGCUAUCAUCGAGCGGAUUCGAGAGCGCAGCUUGGUAACACAGCAUCGGCGCACCCGGAACAUCUCCAUAUUUUGCUUUGGUGCUAUGAUUUUUUUGACACUUGGAUCGUGGGUGGCGUAUAUCUGGGGUGCAGUGACCGGUCAUAAUUCCUAG